CAAUUUGCAAAGCAGUUUUAAGCUUAAGCAGAAAUGGGGAGGAGAGAUGUUUUUGUGUGGAAUUUUGGUGUUUUUUUCUUGUGUUUUCUUCUUGGAUUUGUCCAAGCUGCAGUGAAAACAUACAACUUUGAUGUUCAAGUGAAGAAUGUAAGCAGAUUGUGCCAUGCAAAGCCAAUAGUGACUGUGAAUGGGAUGUAUCCUGGGCCGACGAUCUACGUUAGAGAAGGCGAUCGCCUCCGUAUUAAUGUUACUAACCAUGCACAAUACAACAUGUCAAUUCACUGGCACGGACUGAAGCAGUAUCGCAACGGAUGGGCAGACGGGCCAGCCUACGUAACGCAGUGCCCAGUUCAGACCGGGCAGAGUUACACCUAUGAUAUGAAUGUGACAGAACAGAGAGGCACAUUAUGGUGGCAUGCACAUAUAUUUUGGCUUAGAGCAACUGUUUAUGGUGCUAUUGUCAUCAUGCCUAAACAAGGGACUCCAUAUCCUUUCCCACAGCCCAAUUCUGAGUUCAAUCUAAUCCUAGGGGAGUGGUGGAAUGAUGAUGUUGAAGAGGUUGUGAAGCAAGGGAAGAAACUAGGGUUGCCUCCUAAGAUGUCUGAUGCUCACACAAUCAAUGGGAAGCCAGGACCACUCUUCCCUUGUUCGGAGAAACAUACUUAUGCCAUUGAAUUCGAGCAAGGGAAGACGUACUUGCUGCGUAUCAUCAACGCUGCACUCAACGACGAGCUUUUCUUUGCCAUCUCUGGGCACAGCAUGACAGUGGUUGAGGUUGAUGCAGUGUACACAAAGCCCUUCUCAACUGAGUCAAUCUUGAUCGCGCCUGGCCAGACCACGAACGUGCUUGUUCGAGCAAACCAAGCUGCAGGAAGAUAUUUCAUGGCUGCAAGGGCUUUCAUGGAUGCAGGGCUUCCUAUAGACAACAGGACAGCCAUAGCCAUACUGCAAUACAAAGGCGUUCCAAACACAGUUAUUCCAACCCUACCUCAGUUACCUGCUUUAAAUGACACUUCCUCUGCUCUCACCUACAAUGCCAACCUAAAAAGCCUAAACUCUCCUCGUUUCCCUUGCAACGUGCCACUAAAGGUCGACCGCCAUCUCUUCUACACGAUAGGGUUGGGAAUCAACCCGUGCCCAACGUGCCAGAAUGGGACACAACUCACAGCAUCCUUAAACAACAUCACUUUUGUGAUGCCUCAAGUUGCAUUGCUGCAAGCUCAUUACUCAUCCCUCAAGGGGGUUUUCACUACAGACUUCCCCGACCGCCCCCCAACACCCUUCAACUACACCGGUGCAACAUUCACAAACCUUCAAACGACACAGAGCAAACUACCGAGGCUCAGCAAGAUAGCAUUCAACUCGACAGUGGAGCUAGUGUUGCAAGACACUAACCUCCUCUCUGUGGAGUCCCACCCAUUCCAUCUCCACGGUUACAAUUUCUUCGUCGUUGGAACUGGGGUUGGGAACUUCGACCCCAAGAAUGACCCUGCAAAGUACAACCUAGUUGACCCUCCUGAAAGAAACACAGUUGGUGUCCCAACUGGUGGUUGGACUGCCAUAAGGUUUAGAGCUGACAAUCCAGGUGUCUGGUUCAUGCACUGUCACUUGGAGCUUCAUACUGGAUGGGGCUUGAAGAUGGCAUUUGUAGUCGAGGAUGGACCGGAUAAAGAUCAUGCAGUUCGUCCUCCACCUAAGGAUCUUCCACAUUGUUAAUCAUUUUGGGGAGAAACUGUUUAUUGCAAAUUUUUUCUUGUUGUAAAAUGCACGGGGAAAGACAAUAAUAAAAUACAAAAAAUCUUCUUUAUGGAGUUAUGCCAA